AUGUUUGAGGUCAACUUUUUAUUCCAUGGUAAUAUUGAGUUAAGGGGGCUAGCUACGCAGGAUGCAGAGAUGUAUUUCACCAAGUUCAUGUCGGAGUGGGCCAAGCUCACAGUGACAAAACACAAGGGAACUUGGCUCCAUAUCAACACAACAGCAGUGUUCAAACUGACGAAAGUCAAGGGGUCCUUCAGCACUUUGAGAGGAGCCACAUGGGUGACCCCCAUUGAAACCGGAUACUUCCGGGGGCCCACCAUCAACAGUAACUCAACACCCAGUUAUGCUCGUGAGGUCACUGCUGCCCCAAGUUAUGCUAGUGAGGUCACUGCUGCCAGAAGUUUUACUAGCGAGGUCACUGCUGCCCCAAGUUAUGCUAGUGAGGUCAUUGCUGCCAGAAGUUUUACUAGCGAGGUCACUGCUGCCCCAAGUUAUGCUCGUGAAGUCACUGCUGCCAGAAGUUUUACUAGCGAGGUCACUGCUGCCCCAAGUUAUGCUCGUGAGGUCACUGCUGCCAGAAGUUUUACUAGCGAGGUCACUGCUGCCCCAAGUUAUGCUCGUGAUGUCACUGCUGCCAGAAGUUUUACUAGCGAGGUCACUGCUGCCCCAAGUUAUGCUCGUGAGGUCACUGCUGCCAGAAGUUUUACUAGCGAGGUCACUGCUGACCCAAGUUAUGCUCAUGAGGUCCCUGCUGCCCAAAGUGUUACUUGCGAGGUCACUGCUGCCCAAAGUGUUACUUGCGAGGUCACUGCUGCCCAAAGUGUUACUAGCAAGGUCACUGCUGCCCAAAGUGUUACUAGCGAGGUCACUGCUGCCCAAAGUGUUACUAGCGAGGUCACUGCUGCCCAAAGUGUUACUAGCGAGGUCCCUGCUGCCCAAAGUGUUACUAGCGAGGUCACUGCUGCCUGA